UCAUCAGUUGAAUAGCCAAGCAACAAGCAAACAAGUGAAUAUCAGUUCGCCUCAGCCAAGUGAAAGUCGAGAAAUAGAUACAUACAAGAUGGUUUGCAAGGGUUGUGGAACAAACUGCCAGUGCUCGGCCCAAAAGUGCGGGGACAACUGCGCCUGCAACAAGGAUUGCCAGUGCGUUUGCAAGAAUGGGCCCAAGGACCAGUGCUGCAGCAACAAAUAAGCGGGCCAACUAUAUAACUAACUGUUUAACUUCUAAACUGGAGCUUAACUCCCAACGAGUUGGCCGCAAUAAAUAAAGUUUAUAAAGAUUUUGAGCAUUUAAAAGUUUCUGCCGUUAACUUUUUGUUACUGGGCGGUCGGUCAUCUUACCAAGCGAUAAUUAUAUUUUCGGCUUUUGGCAGCUAAAACCAAUUAUGGUAAAAUAAUAAACGUGAGCUGGCAUUCAGUUAAGCAAAC